GUCAAAGCAAAGGAUGGAUGACCAGAAAGAACAUUUUUUUAGAAUGGUUUAAGAUGUGUUUUAUACCCGACGUCAAAAAAUUUUAUCCGAGGUCAAUAGACCCCAUAAAGCUUUGUUACUAAUAGAUAACGCUCCUUCCCUUCCGCCUGAAACAGAAAUAAAUUUUGAUUCUAACUUUGAGAGUUAUAUUUUUGUCGCCCAACUGCACAGAGGUUUUACAGCCAAUGGAUCAAAAUUUAAUCCAAAACAUAAAGUAACCUACAGGAAACGGUUUUAAAUCAUAUUUUCGCUGAUAAUGAGGGUGACAAUUUAGUGACAGAUUUGAAGCAGUUUAAUUUAAAAGAUGCAGUUUUUAAUCUAGAUAUUGCUUGGAAGUUCAUAUCCCAAAAAAUAUCCAAAAAAGUUGGGGAGCAUUAUGGGCGAAACAAAGAAGGGAUGCAGAUGAAGACGAGUCUGAUGAAGAAAACAUUUCACUCACAGAACUUCAACGGGAACCUUGUACCAUUAAACAAGGAAGAUUUGAGAACCAUUACAGAUUUCUUGCGCAUUAUAGAUCCAGAACUGAAUGGACAUUAGGCAAAAAAGAAGUUUGCGGAAAACAACGAAUCUUUAGACACGGACGAUGAGAGUUUUGUUGCUAAACUAAAACACCGCGAUGCUGUAAAGGCAUUAACAGUAGGUAUUCAGUGGGCAGAAUGGCUAUGUGUCGAACAUUGUAAGGCAUUUGCCACAUCGUGUGGGAGCAGUUUUAAACAUAUACAUAAAUGGCGUAUUCUUUAAUUCACCGGUGCAAGCAAUUAACCAAUUUUUCUUCUUUUAAUGUCCGUCUGAUCGACCGCUUGUAUACCAAACUUGUCUAUAUAGUUUAUAGGCAAGUUUGGUGUACAACCGGUCGCUCAGACGGAAAUUUUGGUUGCACCGGUGGCUCAACCGGUGAAUUAAAAAAUACGCCCAAAUAUACCCAUUCAUUGUUCUGUCAAUAGGCUUGUUGACAACUGUCCUGAUCAAAGUAGAGGAAGAUGUUUUAAGAAAGUAUGAAGAUUUGCACAGGAAACUUAAAAUGAGCAUCCAUUUGCCAGAACUAUUAAAGGAGCAACACAAGAAGUACUUGUGUGAAACACUUUUUUACUUGCCAUCUGUCUAUGAGUGUUUGGAUUCAAGUCGACCUUGGCUGUGUUAUUGGAUACUACACCCACUUUCUUUAUUAGGAGUUAGGAUAGAUGAUCGUAGAAAGAGUUCCAUUGCUAAGUUUAUCAACAAAUGUCAGAGUCCAGAUGGGGGAUUUGCAGGUGGUCCAGGGCAGUACCCUCAUUUAGCAUCAACCUAUGCUGCCAUCCUAGCCUUAGCUAUUCUGGGAACAGAAGAAUCACUUAACAUAAUCAACAGACAGAAGUUGAAAGAGUUUAUGCGGAGUAUGAAACAACCAGACGGUUCAUUUGCAAUGCACAUAGGAGGAGAAAUUGACAUCAGAGGAGCUUACUGUGCUGCGACAGUCGCUAGCAUCACAGGGAUUCUCACACCUGAACUGUUUGAAGGCACUGCAGAAUGGAUUGUCAGUUGUCAAACAUAUGAAGGUGGCUUUGCUGGAGCUCCAGGCAUGGAGGCACAUGGAGGUUAUUCAUUUUGUGGUAUGUCAGCACUAGUCAUUUUACAAAAAGGACAUCUCAUCGACGAACAAGCAUUUUUGAGAUGGAUAGUUCAGAGGCAAAUGAAGUUAGAAGGAGGAUUCCAAGGCCGAACGAAUAAGCUGGUAGAUGGUUGUUAUUCGUUUUGGCAAGGAGGUACUUUUCCAUUGAUAUAUUCACUGCUUGAUAAAGCUGGCAAUUCCCCCAACGACCAUCUUUUUGAUGAAAGAGCAUUACAAGAAUAUCUCCUUAUAUGCUGUCAGAAUCCAACUGGAGGUCUCAUAGAUAAACCUGGAAAGCACAAAGAUGUUUUUCAUACCUGUUACACAUUGAGCGGAUUGUCUGUAGCUCAAAGGUUUCUGAAUAAAAAGCGAGUGCUUGGAUCUUAUAGAAAUGAACUAAUUGAAACACAUCCACUCUACAAUGUAAGACCUGAUUUGGCUAGGAAAGCGCUCCUUCACUUCAAUAACCUAGGUGUACCUACACAAAACUUAAACGAGGGUACGUGACAAGUGAUCGUCUGGAUAUUGAAUCAUUUGUACCUAUCGCCAUAUUUUAUAUUGUAAUAUCAUUUUGUUUUUAUCUUAUUUAGCCAAUCACCCGUUUUAUCGACUUUAUGGAGCAAUAUACAAAUAUACACAAAUUUAGUGAG